AUGGCAGAAUUUACAAACAUUACACUAGAGAAAGACAAGAAAACCAUAGCGGAACUGUACUGCUCAACAGAAUUCACUGCAGAAGUACAUAACGAGGUGACCUUUCUUUCAGCGAUAAAUAUUUUUCUGUCCAUGACUACUUUUGUUGAAAACUCUCUGGUCCUUGUUGCGCUACACAAGACGUGUUCACUUCACCCGCCGUCCAAACUACUUUAUCUAAACCUGGCGAUGACUGAUCUCAGUGUUGGCAUCAUUGUCGAACCUCUGUAUGUUUCUUAUUUGAUGUCUGUUUUGAACGAAAGAUGGGAUAUUUGCUAUUACGCCCUUCUGUCGAGUAUUAUCACUAGCUACGUUAUGUGUUCGGUAUCGUUGCUCACACUGACCACAACAAGUAUGGACAGACUCCUUGCUCUGUUGCUAGGGCUUAGGUAUAGACAAGUUGUAACUUUGAAAAGAACACGUAUUACCGUAGCCAUUUUGUGGAUUUUGUCCAUUGUUGGUACUUCAUCUUAUUUUUGGGACGUUCGUAUACUGGUAUUGUGGGGUAAGAUAAGUGUACCUCUGUGCCUCGUCGUCUCCGGUAUCUCUUACACAAAAAUUUUUGUCACUCUACGUCGUAACCAUAUUCAAGUACAGGAUAACUCUUUUCGAGGUCAGCCCCAGCAAAAAACACUCCUGAACAAAGCCCGAUACAGGAAAGCAGUUUCUAAUGCCCUGUGGAUACAGCUGGUAUUAGCUUUUUGCUAUUUUCCUUAUGGUAUAGCGGAAGCUGUAACACCCCAAAGAGGGAUACCUUUAUCGGGUUAUCUUGCUAGGGAAUUUACAAAGACUCUGGUUUUCUUAAACUCUUCUUUAAAUCCACUACUUUAUUUCUGGAAGAUGAGAGAACUUAGGCAAGCUGUUAAAAACACACUUUGUUGCUUAUCAAGUUAGUUCCUUGGGAUUUAUUAGGUCGGUAACAAUUAAGUCAAAGAAAUCAGUGAGACAAAAAUCUGUAGAAAAAAAUGCUUAUUUUUUACAAGUUCCUUUUACGUGUUAAAAAGCACGUUUGGGAGUAUUAGAGAUACAGAGCCGGAUAGAAUCAGUAAGACACGCAUCUAGACAAAAUGCUGCCUUUUACAAGUUCCUUUUCCCUGUUAAACUGAAGCGCGUUUGAAUACAGCUUAGUCGAAAGACGGUUAAACUUGGUAAACCUAUUCCAGCCAAAUAGUAAACUGAAAGCCUCAUGUGAUUUUUAUUAUUUGGGGUUCUAAUACCAUAAAAAUCAUCGGCAAGUAAUUCUUCUACGCUCUGUCUUCUAUACAUUAGAUUUGAAGCACUCAACGAAUGUUCAACACAAGUGCGAUGCAAGCCUAAAAUUUGAGGUGCAAUUGUCCUCUAUCAGCUCUAUGACGAUUUUCAGAAAUACAACUCCCCGACCUAUGUUUUACACUUGCCUGCGAGCUUCAUUUGUUAUGCCGAAGGUUCAGUGUUCAACUAACUGACGAUACGUUUUGGGAGCACCUGCUUUUUUACUCAGGGGCGGCCAUACAGUCUGACGUUAAGUCAUUCUGUUCAACGUAGAAACGAAAAUUGCGACCGACUGAUGAAAAAGCUCAAUUACAAAACGGUUCGUCUAUAAUUUGAAAAAAAUGAUUUAUUUCCUUUUUAAAUGAAUGUUAGUCAUUAUCGUUAAGAACAAUGCUACACAGCCAUAUACCCUACUUUGCAGUCACCAAUGGUACAUAGUAAUUAAAUAGCUGUCAUACUUUAUCAUGACAGUCUCUUGCAAAUUUCUAAUAAAACAGGCUCAUGAUAAGUUUGAUUACCAGCCGCUGUUCGGCAAAUGAGCCAGCGCUCCUCCUAAAUGAUGACAUGAGCGGCCACUCACGGGUAGGUACUUCAUAUAUGAUAAUCAUAAUGUACCGAGAUAUAUUUCCUCUCUUCCUAAGGACGGUGUGUGUGCGUCUGUAGAUUUAGAUAACGUGACGCAGGGGCGUAGCUAGGGGGGGGGUCCUGGGGUGCCCGUGACCCCCCCUUGGUAGGCCUUCUUUUGAGCAAACAACCUACAAUAUUCAGGUGGCGAAAACGCCAUGAUAAUAUCUUGGCAGUAAAAGCCAUUGUUGAAAAGCCCACUUUUUUAAAAUUUGUUUUUUUGUAAAGUAUUUUCGUCAACGGCUCUUGUCUUUAGUUAAUAUGGGCCUUCAUGCCGCGAUAAUACGACUGAGCCCGCUUAUACACGAGGGAGAGCAGCUGUAUAAACCAUGUAUAGUCGGAGAUCCCCGGAUGGUGACCCCCCCCCCUUUGAAAAAUCCUGGGUACGCCCCUGUUACGAGAAGAAUACGGUCUUCCUAUGCCUUCAAAAUGUUUCUGAGCCUAACGAUAUUACGAUAAACGUGUAAGUGGUAAUAUUCAUCGGCAGUAUGGUAGGCAUUUUGAUGUUGAAAACGUUAGAUCUUCUAAUACGACUUUAUUUGUUUGGUGACUACAUAUUAUGCAUGAUCUGCUGUUAAUGAUGUAAAGCGUGUGCAAACCAAACGGGCUACAUAAAAAAUUUCCGCUAUUUAAUGAGGAUGGGUUCCGGAAAUACUAUUGUUAGUAGAUGAAGAUGUCAUAGUAGAGGCAGAAAACACAGAGGCCAAGCGAUCAAAUGGAUUCGUUCGAAUAGUGAAAUCGCCAUCCCGCCAAAACGUGUCAAAAGCCCGCCAAAAAUUAUUAAAUCUCGUCGCUGCCGCUAUUUAACUCUUCAUCCAGUCACGAAAAAGCAAUGUAUUGCAGGAUUUUAGAAAAUUAGGUAUGGGACUGGAAAUCAUUGUUAAGGGAGUCUUUUGAUCAAUAACUGCUUGCAGGGAAAAAGGUGACUUUCACUUUUGCCAUUAGUAUUCCUUCGGUAUUCGCAAGAUUCUUGCGAGAGGACUGUAUAGAAAUUAAGAACAAGGAAUGGAACCCCGGUGAAAAGCCUGAAGAGAAACCAAUAAGAAGCACCUUAACAUAUUUCAAGGGUGACUAUUGUUUUAAAAAAAGACAAUGACUGUACUAUUAAGUGCGGCGAGUUUUAUUUUAAUGCCAUGGCGUUCUAAACUCCCACGUGCGAUUUUUAAAGCAACAGAAACACUAGGCGGCACGCCCGUGAUUCUGUGAGUUAGACACCACGGUAUUAUUAAAUCACUUGCGCACAGAAGAAACUAAGGGUUAUAUAUGUCUGAUAUGUUUUAGCUUGAGUAAGCGAGUUUUAUUGUAAUUCCGUGAUGUUCUAAACCUCUAAGUGCGAUUUAAAGAAACAGAAAAACUAGGUGGCGCGCCCAUGAUUCUGUGAGUUUAGACACCAGGGCAUUAUGAAAUCACUUGCGUACCAAGUGGAAACUUAAAGGUUAACAUGAUUUAGCUUGAGUAAGCGAGUUUUAUUGUAAUGCCAUGAUGUUCUAAACUCCUAAGUGCGAGUUUAAUCAUGCAAUAGAAACACUAGGUGGCACGCCCGUGAUUCUGUGAGUUAGACACCAAGGUAUUAUGAAAUCACUUGCGCAAUAACUGGAAAAUUAUGGGGUUGUCUUAGAGUGUUUUUUAAUAGGAGAUUUUCUUGUAGGAGACCCUCCGCCAGUUAUAUUUUACGGCAUUAAUUAGUAAAAGAUUUGUUUUCUCGUUACAAAUAAAACACGCUUAGCAAAAUUCCUAUUUCCGGCACUUUUAGUACGCCCUGGAAACUGGAAAGCACAGCACGUAACCGUUUAUUCGGAAGAACCCUUUUAUUUUUCUUUUUGAUAUUUAUUUAGAACAAAACUGUUGCGAUCCGUUCACGGAGAAUCUCUGCUAAUGCGGUUACAUUUCAAAAAUAAUAUUUUUGUGGUCUCACGUUCUCCUCGCGCGCGUCCUUUUGCUUUUAAUCACCUGGAGACUUUGGUUUGGGUUUGGUUUGAUUGUUUUACGUGGUAGUUACAAAGAAACGUUUCGGCGCGGCCCACACAAUGUAAAUAAAUUUAAGUAAAGUGCCCGAGUGUUCUGAAGUUGCUCUGUUUAAAAAGACAUUUGUAAUUUUUAAAAUAAAAUCGAUGAUGUAUUUACGGAGGUUCCGGUUAUCUUUUGGAGACAAAAGCACGUUUUGAUUGUGUUAAUUGCUCCUGUCGGAAUAAAAAUGUCAUAUGAAUUAGCGAGAUGACGUGCAUCUCACCGCUGCCGCUAUGUAACUCUUUAUCCAGUCACGAAAAAGCUAUGAAUUGCAGAAUUUUAGAAAAUUAGGUAUGGGAAUAGAAAUCAUUGUUUGAUCAAUAACUACUUGCGGGGAAAAAGGUGAGUUUCACUUUUGCCAUUUAGUAUUCGCAAGAUUCUUGCGAGAGGACUGUAUAGAAAAUAAGAACGCCGGAGAAAAGCCUGAAGAGAAAUCACUAAGAAGCACCUUAACAUAUUUCAAGGGUGACUAUUUUUAAAAAAAGACAAUGACUUUACUAUUAAGUGCGGUGAGUUUUAUUUUAAUGCCAUGGUGUUCUAAACUGCCAAGUGCAAUUUUUAAAGCAACAGAAACACUGGGCGGCACGCCCGUGAUUCUGUGAGUUAGACACCACGGUAUUAUUAAAUCGCUUGCGCACAGAAGAAAAUUAAGGGUUAAUAUGUCUGAUAUGUUUUAGCUUGAGUAAGCGAGUUUUAUUGUAAUUCCAUGGUGUUCUUAGACUACGAGUAGUCCCCCAUUUUUCCUCAGGGAUAGUAGAGCGAGCGAAACGCGAGCGCGCGUGAAAAUCACCCCACACAAGAAAAGGCGACACGCGGCGGGGAGAGUUUUAUCAUGCAAUAGAAACACUAGGUGGCACGCCCGUGAUUCUGUGAGUUAGACACCAAGGUAUUAUGAAAUCACUUGUGCAAUAACUGGAAAAUUAAGGGGUUGUCUUAGAGUGUUUUUUAAUAGGAGAUUUUCUUGUAGGAGACCCUCCGCCAGUUAUAUUUUUCGGCAUUAAUUAGUAAAAGAUUUGUUUUCUCGUUACAAAUAAAACACGCUUAGCAAAAUUCCUAUUUCCGGCACUUUUAGUACGCCCUGGAAACUGGAAAGCACAGCACGUAACCGUUUAUUCGGAAGAAGCCUUUUAUUUUUCUUUUUGAUAUUUAUUUAGAACAAUACUGUUCCGAUCUGUUCACGGAGAAUCUCUGCUAAUGCGGUUACAUUUCGAAAACAAUAUUUUUUUAUUGCGCAAUCGAUCGGUCCGAUUCAGAUGACCGUCGUGCAAGUUUCCAAGAUUGACUUCUGCCAACAGAGAUGAGCUUAUUCUCUCUUAAAUACAGAAACUUAAAUAGAAACACAUUGAUGACCCCCAGAUGCUAAACUAUAAUAACGGAACAGCAAAGACAAAAGCGAACUCGAGUUUCCGGCGAUAUUUCGGAACUGAUUUCGGACUGUAUAAAAGUUGUCCUUCAUUCAGAGGCCCAGAAGUGAAGAAACGGAAAGUCGUUGCAGCGGCGAAUAUUUAACAAUUAAUGAAUGAGGCUGAGUAUCUGAUGGUCCGUCCUUAAGGCGCUGAAGUUGGAUUAAAUUCAAACAAAAGGCUAUAACCAUACAGCCAAAUGGCAUAACAGCAAGACUGACUGCUAAUUGCUAUCUCAAGCUAUCUUUUAUUUGUACAAGUUAUUGCUAUUUGAUCCGUUUUUAACUCGUGGAGAAAACAUAUGUUUUGCAUCGUACUUCGCAAACGAGGUGUAUCGGCUUUGUAAAGCAUACAUCGUAUGUUCUUUCAUUCAUGUUGCCAUGAAAUGCGUUCUGUUUUUGUUGUUGUUGUUGUUGUUGUUGUUUUUUUAACUGUCAGUGGCGCCGUUUUACGCGGCUCGAUCAUCUUUAAUGGCGUUUGCCGGUGGAUUUUCCGUGGAAAAGGCAUUAAAUAAAAAACUUCUCGCCAAAGUGACGUAAUCAGCCUUAGUCGUGUAGUGGUUAGGUAAAGUUGCAACGAGUUGAAGGUGCCGGGCUCGAGUCCUGCUCGUUCCUUUCUUUCUUCCUUCUUUUUUUCUUUCUUUUUUUUUCCCGUUUUGGUUUGUUUGGUCUUUUUUUGCUUAUUUGUUUUGUUGUUUUUCUUUAAAUAUAUACCUUAAUACAUAACUCUUAUUUAAUAAAGUGCAAUAAACAGCAAGAAAAGUAUAGAGUGUUUUCACAUGACGUCACGGCGGCCAUAUUGGUGUCCCAAAACAAUGAAACGGUGGCCAUGUUGGUGUCCCAAACCAAUCCUCUGGGAGUUGAACUCUUUUCUUAUGCAAACGCUCUCUUUUGUUCCAAUAAAUUUGCAUAUAUGCUGGCCACGUGAGUGAAAACACUCUAUUGUGUUUCCAGGGAAAAGAUAGUAUAUUUAAUAUAUGGAUAAACAAUCUGAAUUUCUAUCAUUUCCUACAAUUUACUGUGGGAAAACCGAUUGAUAACCAUUUGAUUAUUUUCUAAACAACGUUCCCACGAGUUGACGAUAGUCUUUCUUUGAUUCCAUUAGUUGUCAGUUUUUCAGUUUUAUUCCUAUUCGGACCUAUUUAAUUAAGUUCAUAUCAAAUUCCCAACAGAACCGUUCCUAGUUUAUUUAACUCCCUUGAACAUGGACAGUUUGACCGUACGAACUGACAUCUGAAUAGCCUGCGUAGCAAGCGUUUCCUCGCGAGGUUUCUCUAGAAAGCUGGGACAAGAGCAAAAAAAUAAUAAUUACGGGGGAGGGGGAGGGGAACGAAGGAACCGCUUGCCCGCAAACCCCACGAUUUUGAAAAACUGCGUUCGCCCACGAACGCAGCUUCUGAUUGGCGCGGCGCGGGUAGUGUUGAUUACUUAGCAUUCGAAACAUCAAUCAAACCAGGUAUGCUUUGUUUUCGUGUGUCACAGAUCUCGUCUCAUCUGAUUUGCGGUCACAGAUUACAAAUGUUUUGGACUGAUAUUUAUUGGAAUCGUGUUUGUGCGACGGUUUAUGAGAUCAGCGCCUUCAAAGUAUAAUUGGAGAUCGAGCAGUGGAAACUAGGGAAGGCCAAUUUUUUUGAGAAUGACGGCGUGCAGAUCUGACUGGAAAAAAUGGACUGUUUGUUGGAGAUAACAUCAACAUAAAUCGGAACAUCGGUACUCGACACUAGCUAAAGCCGCCAUGGACAAGCGAUUUGCCAGCUUUUUGAAAUGAAAAGAUUCUUUUUGUUUAUUGGAAAUUUAGCGGUACCUAUUGUAGAGAACGUUUCGACACAGGCUGAAGAGCAGCCGCUCUGCAAAACUUAUACCCGGCGGAGUGAAUUGUUCCGGAAAAAUCAUUUUUGACGUGUUGACAAGGUUUCAGCCGAGAUAGAGCCACACAAUAAAAAAACAAGAAAUUCUGCAGCAAUCGCUCAUAGUUUUAACCUUCUUUUAUUGCAAAUCUUUUUUAUUACAGUUCUUGCAACCGCCUGGAACGUGUUCUAUUAGCGAACAAAGUAAUUUUACAAAUCUGGUAAUCCAGGGGUAAUCUGUUCGUUAUGUUACUAUUUUGACGAGCUGUCAAUUUACAAAUGAACCGAACCGUGAAAUAUCAAGGGGCGUUUUCCAGAAUCGUGGGGUUUGCGGGCAAGCGUUUCCUCUUGUCCCCUCCCCCUCCCCCUUCAACCUUUUUCUUGCUUCCGCUCAAACUUUCGCGCAAUAACUCGAUUGGAAACGCUUGCUACGCAGGCUAACAUCUGAAAAACUCGUCCCCUUUUCCUUUUGUUUGCUGCUUGAUUGUUUUAUUCACUUUAAACAGGUUGCUUAUUGAAAACAGACAUCGCUUGCGAAAAGGAAACUUCCACGGACCUAGUUGACAGUUGA